AUGGCAAUGGUAUCCAACGGCAACGAAUACGACUUCAUCGUCGUCGGUGGUGGCACGGCAGGCAAUGCAGUAGCUGGUCGCCUCGCUGAAAACCCCAAUGUUCGCGUCCUGGUCGUCGAAGCCGGUAUUCCCAACCCUGACCAGGUCGACGAAAUCACCACUCCCUCCAAGGCCUUCAACCUCCGAGGAAGCAAGUAUGACUGGGCCUACAAGACCACUAUGAUCAAGCGCGACGACUACGAGCGUGUCGAAAAGCCUAACACUCGUGGUAAGGCGCUGGGUGGAAGUUCUUGUGCCAAUUACUUCACCUGGAUUCCCGGCUCCAAGCCCACCUUUGAUGACUGGGAGGCCUUUGGCGGCCACGACUGGACUUGGGACAACUGCGUCGAGUAUCUCCGCAAGUGCGCAACGUAUCAUGAUGAUGAGAAGCUCUACCCGGCCGAGCUUAGCAAGAUCGGAACCGGAGGCCCCGUCCAGAUCGCCCAUGCCGACUUGGUCCCCGAAAUGCAACCCUUCCGUGACGCACUGACCCAAGCGUGGGUCUCCAAGGGCGAGAAGCUGACCGAGGAUAUCUACUCCGGUGAGAUGCGCGGUCUUACCCACUGCGUGGACACUAUCUAUAACGGCCAGCGCCAAGGCAGCUUCCUCUACCUGAAGGACAAGCCUAACGUGACCAUCCUCUACGGAGCCCACUCGAAGCAGCUGAUCAUCGACCCCGUCACUCGUGUCUGCUCCGGAGUGACCGUCGUCAGUGAAGCCUACAACACCGAGAUCAGCGUCUACGCCAGCCGCGAAGUGAUCCUCUCUCAGGGUGUUUUCGAGACCCCCAAGCUCCUCAUGCUAAGUGGAAUCGGUCCCGCCGCAGAGCUAGCCAAACACAACAUCACUCCUAUCGUCGAGUCUCCCCACGUCGGUCAGCAUCUUCUCGACCACCCCAUCGUGCCUUUUGUCCUCCGUCUUAAAGACGGCUACGGUCUGGAAGACCACAUUCUCCGCCCCGGUCCCGCCAACAACGCAGCCAUCGCCCAGUACAAGAAAGACAAGACCGGCCCCAUCAGCUCCGGACUCUUGGAACUCGUCGGCUUCCCUCGCAUCGACCAACGUCUCGAGAAAUACCCCGCCUACCGCGAAGCCAAGGCGGCCAACGGCGGACUGGACCCCUUCGGCCCCGCAGGACAACCUCACUUCGAGCUCGACUUCGUCGGCAUGUUCAGCACCGCCUUCCAAUGGCACUAUCCCGUCCCGGAAGAGGGUAACCACAUGACUGUGAUUGUCGAUUUGCUGCGCCCCUUGUCAGAGGGCGAGGUGACGCUCAACAACUCGAACCCGUUGGUGCAACCUAACAUCAACCUCAACUUCUUCGGCAAUGACCUCGAUAUCCUGGCCAUGCGCGAGGGUGUCAGAUGGACCUAUGAUCUCCUGACCAGCGGUGCCGGCUUCAAGGAUAUUGUCCUGUCGGAGUACCCAUGGAAGAUGCCUCUUCAGUCGGAUGACGAGAUGAAGCGCGCUGUUUUGGAUCGCAGCCAGACUGGAUUCCACCCAUGCGGCACUGCCCGUCUUUCCAAGAGCAUCCACCAAGGUGUCGUCGACUCGAAGCUCCGCGUGCACGGAGUGCGCAAUCUCCGCAUUGCAGAUGCCUCCAUCAUCCCUGUGAUUCCGGACUGUCGGAUCCAGAACUCGGUGUACAUGAUCGGCGAAAAGGGAGCGGAUAUCAUCAAGGCGGACCACAAGGAUCUGUACGAGUCGAAGAACAUCCCGUACUUUGUUCCGAGUCGGUUCUUUUUGCACUGCUCUUUGGUCCCUGCUUCAUAG